AAAAAAUUUUGACGUAUCACAUGAUACACAAAACAAAUCAGAAAAAAGGCAGUAAUUUUGAAUUUUAUUCUAAUUUAUUUUUAUAAAGAAAAGUUGCGAGUUAUUUAACAGAAAUGUCCAAACUUCCCAUCAAAGACCCGUCAAUAAAAAUAAUCCCAUCACCCGCAUUUCGCAAGUUCGUCGUCAGUCGGUUUUCCCGUGAUUCGCUUUUACCGGAUACCAUCCGGAAUAUAUGCAAAAACAAUCUAUCGGCCUGUAGCACAAACAAUGUUGACACUUCCGGGAAGGCCGUCGAAUUCACGGAUAAAGAGCAAAAAUUUUUGAAGGAGCAGAACACGGCAAACCAGACGAAAGAUGAUGUUGACGAUGAAACACUAAGCAUUGAGGAUAAAUCGGAAAGUCCCCCGCCGGACAUUCUUAAAUCAGCUGCAAAUCAGUCCAAUACUCUGACCCUAUCGUUGAAUGACCUUAAAUGGGUGCACCAGGCCCUCAAUCGGUUACGCAAAGACGAUCCGGAUGUGCCAUACUUGCAUGAGUUGAUGCAGGAUUGCGAAUUGUUGCUGCCGGAGAAUGAGAUUCAGGAACGGAAUCCGGAGUUGGAGGCCCGCUGCCAGAAGCUUCGCAAGCAACAGGAAGCCAAAGAGUAUGAAGCUAUGACUAGGAAUGUGGACAACGUUCGGACACUGAUGCCGCAGGAUACCAUCGCCUAUCAGAUGAAACAAAUAAACCGGCAGCUGAUUGCCGUGGCGCAGUUCAUUUUCUCCGUAGCGGCCGGAUUUGCCUUUGGGUUCAUCGGCAUCGAGCUGAUUGUUGGCCAGCUGGAUUUCGGUUUCAGAUUGUUGCUUGGCAUUAUGAUUGCGUUGGUCAUUGCACUGGCGGAGAUUUACUUCCUGGCGAAGAAGCUGAACGAAGACUACGAACAGCCACCGAUCACUAAGCAACCGGAACCGGCUGAGCUGGGCAAACGUAAGGUGGUUGAGUCGAUCCGAAUAACUUCCAAGACUGCCGCGAAAGCCAAGGGUAAGCUCCAUCAAGAUUAGGAGAGGUAAAUAAUUGCGUUUCAAUCAUCCGUUGUUCUUUUUGUUUUAAAAUAUGAUAAGAAAAAUGA